UUCCAUUCGUGUCUCCUUUUCCUUUCCUUUCCUUUCUCACUUCCACGAAUAAGAAAAUUGGUAUUGGUUCAUCAAAGAUUCUCAUUGGAAGAUAGGCUGUUCAUUUCCUUAGUCCCGUGUUCGAUUCUCCAAUACCACUCUCACUCUUUCACUUUCCCCCUCUUCGCCCCUUUUCUACUUCUGCCGACGACUACUAUUUUUCAUUGGCAGAUAGUCAUAGACUUGCAACUUCUUCCCCGCUCUUUCCGUCUUGCUCUCUACUUCGCCUACUUCAUCUGUCGCUCUAUUCCGGUCUCCGCCCUGUUCCCAAUGGCGUCCCUGCAGCAGUCGCCCGCUAUCAAGGGCGCCAAAGUGCUUAUGGUUGGAGCAGGUGGGAUUGGCUGCGAGCUUCUCAAGACCCUUGCCCUCUCCGGCUUCGAGGAUAUUCAUAUUAUAGACAUGGAUACUAUAGAAGUUAGCAACCUUAAUAGGCAGUUUUUGUUUCGUCAGAAGCAUGUUGGGCAGUCUAAGGCCAAGGUUGCUAGAGAUGCUGUACUGAGAUUCAGGCCUCAUAUAAGCAUAACUUCACACCAUGCAAAUGUGAAAGAUUCUAGCUUCAAUGUGGACUUCUUCAAGCAAUUCAAUGUUGUACUGAAUGGGCUUGACAACUUAGAUGCAAGGAGACAUGUAAAUCGCUUGUGUCUGGCCGCUGAAGUUCCUUUGGUGGAGAGUGGAACUACUGGCUUCCUCGGACAGGUCUCAGUACAUGUCAAAGGAAGAACUGAUUGCUACGAAUGUAAUCCCAAACCUUCUCCCAAAACAUAUCCUGUUUGCACAAUUACUAGCACUCCAUCAAAGUUUGUUCACUGUAUUGUUUGGGCAAAGGAACUUCUUUUUGCAAAGUUGUUUGGUGACAAAAAUCAGGACAAUGAUUUAAAUGUCCGCUCCAAUGAUUCCACAGGCUCAUCUGAGCAAACUGAAGAUGUGUUUGAACGCAAAGCUGAUGAAAGCGUUGAACAUUAUGGAAGGAGAAUAUAUGACCACGUGUUCGGUUAUAAUAUUGAACAAGCUUUAUCCAAUGAAGAGACAUGGAAAAAUCGAAACAAGCCCAGACCCAUAUACAGCAGUGAUGUUAUAUCUGCUGAACUGAUGCAGCAAAAUGGAAGUUCCAAUAAAGCAGGCUCUGCUGAUGAUCCUUUGUCAGUGUCUGCUAUGGCAUCUUUGGGCCUGAAGAAUCCACAGGAUCUCUGGAGCCUUACGGAUAAUUCAAGAGUUUUCUUUGAGGCGUUGAAGCUGUUCUUUGGAAAAAGAGAAAAGGAGAUUGGAAGCCUUGGUUUUGACAAAGAUGAUCAGUUAGCUGUCGAAUUUGUUACUGCUGCUGCCAAUAUCCGGGCUGCCUCAUUUGGGAUCCCUUUGCAUAGCCUUUUUGAAGCCAAAGGUAUUGCUGGUAACAUUGUGCAUGCAGUUGCAACAACAAAUGCAAUUGUAGCUGGCUUAAUUGUUAUUGAAGCAAUCAAGGUGUUGCAAAAGGACUUUGACAGUUACAGGAUGUCAUAUUGUCUCGAACAUGUUACCCAAAAGAUGCUUAUUAUGCCAGUGCAGCCCUUUGAGCCAAACAAGUCCUGCUGUGUUUGCUCUGAAACACCACUAACAUUGGAGAUCAACACCAAUCAUUCAAAGCUAAGGGAUUUUGUGGAAAAGAUUGUUAAAGCCAAGCUUAGCAUGACCUCUCCAUUGAUCAUGCAUGGGUCCUCCCUUCUUUACGAAGUUGGGGAUGAUCUUGAUGAAGCUAUGAUUGCUAACUAUUCUGCUAACCUUGAGAAGGUGCUAUCUAGUCUGCCCUCUCCAGUUACUAGUGGGACAAUGCUAACUGUCGAGGAUCUGCUGCAGGAGUUCACUUGCAAUAUCAAUAUCAAACAUAGGGAGGAAUUCGACGAGGAGAACGAGCCAGAUGGAAUGGUUCUCCUUGGAUGGACUCAAGUUCCUACGAAGCCCAAGGAUGAUGAUGACAAGCCCCAUACUGGUAAUGGAGUUAGUACAUCAAAAACAUCAGAAACCGAGCCUGCGGUGGCUCAAGCAGAUGCCGGGGUGGUCAAAAUCAAUGUUGAGGCGAUUGACGCUUCAGGAAAGAAAAGAAAAGGUCCAGAUUCUAAGGACAUCAGCUUGGAUCCUCCUUCAAAUGUUGCCGAUGAAGCUACUGCUGCAAAUCACAAGAAAGUUCAACAAAUUGAUGAGGAUGAAGAAGACCUCGUCGUGCUAGAUCAGUGGGAUAUAGACACAAAUAAGAAGCAAAAGUUGCGAUAGGCGAAGGGGCCUCUAGUCUUUCUCACACAACUAAUUUUGGUGCCAGUUAGGGAAAACGGUGAUUCUUUUGUUUAGCAGGGCAUGAUUUUGGUUCUUUAGAGAGGACAUUUCUAACUUUCCUUGUCCCUUUUGCUCCCCUUAUUUGAUUCACAACCUGUAAAAACUAGGUUACCUCUGUUUUCCUAGCUAGACUCGAGAGCUCUCUUAAUCCAGGUACCUUCUUUUGUUGGAAAAUGGUGCUAUGUAAACAAAUUCCUUUUAUUUGAGGAUUAUGAAUCUACAAAAGUCUGCAACUUUCUGUACACAAAUGAUGUAUGUGUUCUUUUUC